CUUUCCGGCCGCCCUGCUGUUUCCCACUUCUUCCAAAAAGCGCUGGAGUGAAGAAACAAACAUCCGUCCUCAACUCUCGCGAGAGCUCCGCGUGUACCCAGGGGCUGAGGCGGAGGAUUGGUCUCUCAGGAUGAAAAGCCUCCGCCAUCCCGCCCCGGUUGCCAGGAUACGCUGAAGCGCAAGGCCGCUGGUGGGUAGGCCUGAGAACCCAGAAGUGCGCGUGGGCGAACGGGUGUGCGCGGCGUCAGAAAGAACUUACAGCAUCCGCGAGCUGGGCCACCGCUCUCCCUACGCGCUGGCGGAGUGAUUAAAGUGAACAAACAAUGGCCAGCAAUCACAAAUCUUCAGCAGCUCGCCCUGUUUCACGAGGUGGAGUUGGUAUAACUGGAAGGCCUCCUUCUGGGAUACGACCCCUAUCAGGAAAUAUUCGAGUGGCAACUGCAAUGCCACCUGGGACAGCAAGGCCAGGCUCUCGUGGUGGUCCCAUAGGGACGGGUGGAGUUCUGUCUUCUCAAAUCAAAGUUGCCGAUCGUCCUGUGACACAACAAGGUUUGACUGGAAUGAAAACUGGGAUGAAAGGUCCCCAGAGGCAAAUUUUAGACAAGUCUUACUAUCUUGGACUUCUUAGAAGUAAAAUAAGUGAACUUACAACUGAAGUUAAUAGACUUCAGAAGGAAAUAGAAAUGUACAAUCAAGAGAAUUCAGUGUAUUUGUCAUAUGAAAAGAGGGCCGAGACUUUAGCUGUUGAAAUAAAAGAGUUUCAAGGACAACUAGCAGACUACAACAUGUUGGUAGAUAAACUUAAUACCAACACUGAAAUGGAAGAAGUAAUGAAUGAUUACAAUAUGCUUAAAGCUCAGAAUGAUCGAGAAACACAAAGUAUGGAUGUCAUAUUUACUGAAAGACAAGCGAAAGAGAAACAAAUGAGAAGUGUAGAAGAAGAAAUUGAACAGGAAAAACAAGCAGCAGAUGACAUUAUCAAAAAUAUGUCUCUUGAAAACCAAGUCAAGUACCUAGAGAUGAAAACCACAAAUGAGAAACUAUUACAGGAAUUAGAUACACUUCAACAACAACUGGAUUCACAGAACAUGAAAAAAGAGAGCCUGGAAGCUGAAAUAGCUCACUCCCAGGUGAAACAGGAGGCUGUAUUGCUACAUGAAAAACUUUAUGAGUUGGAGUCCCAUCGAGAUCAAAUGAUUGCAGAAGACAAAAGCAUAGGGUCUCCAAUGGAAGAGAGAGAGAAAUUACUCAAGCAGGUUAAAGAUGAUAAUCAGGAAAUAGCCAGCAUGGAAAGACAGUUAACAGAUAUAAAAGAAAAGAUGAAUCAGUUUAAUGAAGAAAUUAGACAACUUGACAUGGAUUUGGAGGAACACCAAGGUGAAAUGAACCAGAAAUACAAGGAGCUAAGAAAAAGGGAGGAAAAUAUGGACACUUUUAUUGAGACUUUUGAGGAAACAAAGAAUCAGGAACUGGAACGAAAGGCACAGAUAGAAGCCAGCAUUGUUGCGCUCUUGGAGCACUGUAGUCGAAAUAUAAAUCGUAUGAAACAGAUAUCCUUUAUCACCAAUCAAGAACUAAAGAUGAUGCAGGAUGACCUCAAUUUUAAAUCUGCUGAAGUGCAGAAAUCACAAAGUACAGCUCGGAAUUUAACUUCGGACAGUCAACGUCUGCAGUUGGAUCUGCAGAAAAUGGAGCUUCUAGAAAGUAAGAUGACUGAAGAACAACAUUCUCUAAAAAGCAAAACUAAGCAAAUGACAAGUGAUCUGGAGAUAUAUAAUGAUCUGGCAGCUUUAAAAUCAUCAGGUGAAGAAAAGAAAAAGAAAUUACAUCAGGAGAGAAUGAUAUUAUCCACCCGCAGAAAUGCCUUUAAGAAAAUAAUGGAGAAGCUAAACAUAGAAUAUGAAGCACUAAAAACACAAUUGCAAGAAAAUGAGACCCAUUCUCAGCUUACAAAUUUGGAGAGAAAGUGGCAACACCAUGAGCAAAAUAAUUUUGUGAUGAAAGAAUUCAUAGCCACCAAGAGUCAAGAGAGUGAUUACCGACCAAUUAUGAAAAAUGUGACCAAGCAGAUUGCAGAAUACAAUAAAACCAUCGUGGAUGCUUUACAUGGCACUAGUGGAAACUGAGUUUAAGUCAACUGAAAGUCUCUAAAGAAGUAUCCUCUUGCUUGUAAACCUGGUACAAAUUGACUACCA